AUGAAUGGCAGUGCCUUUCGAUUUGGAAAUCAUCAUAUCAAACAACAACGACAACGAGCAAAGUCCAAAUAUCACCGUGAACAAGUGCAGUCGCAAAUCAACUUACCAACCAUUAUCAACAUCGAAGUUGGAGACGCCAACCAGCUCAAGGCAGGUUACGCAGCAGACGGAUAUGCUCGGAUGAAGGGGAUUGGUGCAUUGAUCACGACGUUUUGGAUUGGCGAAUUGUCUGCUCUGACUCCCGUUACCAUCUACCACCUCGUUUUUAUGAUCAACAACGAUGGCUGCACGGUCGAGCGUUGGGCUCACGGCAUGGAAGAGUCGUACAAUGACGUCCCCGCGUGGACAUAUCCUCAGCUGCCAGAGACGAUGGGCGCAAGUCUGGCUCAGGGUGGCAAUGCCCACGCAAUGCAGGCCAUGGUCGAGGUCUUCAUGCCGAAGAUCGACGCCUUCGUUCCACUCAAGAUGUUCUGCACCUCUGUGGAGAAGAACAACAGCAAAUAA